AUGGGCGGAGUCAUGUCAUAUUUUCGCGGCCUGUUCGGCGCUCGCGAGAUGCGAAUUCUGAUUCUCGGGCUUGAUGGUGCCGGCAAGACGACGAUUCUGUAUAGGCUGCAAGUGGGCGAAGUGGUGACGACGAUUCCGACGAUCGGGUUUAACGUGGAACAAGUCGAGUACAAGAAUCUCAAAUUUCAAGUUUGGGAUCUGGGAGGACAGACGUCGAUUCGACCAUAUUGGAGGUGCUAUUAUGCGAAUACUGACGCUAUUAUCUAUGUCGUUGAUUCGGCUGAUAGAGAUCGAGUCGGAAUCUCUCGUCAAGAGUUGGCAACAAUGCUCCAAGAAGACGAACUGCAAGGAGCGGUUCUUGCAGUUCUUGCCAACAAACAAGAUAUCGCCGGUUGUCUGACAGAGACAGAAGUCUACAAAGCGCUUGGCCUGGAUGCCCUCCGCAAUCGAACCAUUCAAAUAUUCAAAACGUCCGCAUCAAAAGGAGAGGGUCUCGACGCAGCGAUGGAUUGGUUGGCGAAUCAGUUGCAGCAGAAGAAGUAG